GCUCACCGAUGGGUUUGGACAAAAUGUCAUCCCAAGAGGGCUUGAGGUGCUGGUACACUUGAUUUCUCCCUAUGAUCUCUCGAGGAUCAAGGUGUAGUCUCGAAUACAGGCAUCUGAUCCAGCUGGCGCGGAAGAAAUACCAGAAACGGCUCUUUUCGACUCCAGUGAUAUAUCAGAGGCCUCUAUUGAUUCAGUUUGGGCUGAAAUUGAGGAGAUACGCCUGGAGGCUAGGAACUGUGACAUGUAUGGCAAGGACGAGAUUGCCUGGUGCCUGGAUGUAGUUCAACCGGUUUUGAACUGUUCACUGAAAGGAUCUCGAAGGCUACAGCUAACCAGUGUGCAAUCACAGCUGAUAGAUGCGGAACUGCUCUCUACCAUGAAGAGCAGCCUCAUGUGCAUCAGUAAGAAGGCGGAUUACGCGUAUUCAUUUUCUUGCCGCGAUGCGGAGGUCUCCCACCUUUAUCAACAUAUCAGUUUUGGCGGCAAUGGCUACCAAAUUGGCCAUACCACUGAUGCUUUCAAUAAGCGAACAAUACUUUUUUCUGGGAUCGAAGUGAAGCCCGACGAUGAGGGAAAGAAAGAAGUACUUGCCCAGCUUUCUAUCCGGCUGAACGCAACUUUGGAAAAGAUGCGACGCUUGCAGGUGUUAGCCAAGGGUAGCCAACCGGUUCCUAUGAACUUGCUUCCUACGGUCGGGCUUACAGUAAUCGGUCAUGACUGGUAUACGUAUAUUGCGUAUCGCUUAGAAGAUGAGAUGGGAAGUGUGGCGUCUUCACAGAGCUGUGUCCAUGUGUUAAUGAGGUAUUGCAGCACAUUGUCGGCCCAAUAAGUAUAAUGUUUGCAGACACUAGGUCCACAUUUGGUAUAUAAGAGUUACAGGACUUAGCGCGACGGGUGAAGCAAUAUGCAUUAGAUAUAUAUUGGCCAUGGGUACGUGACGAGAUUUUGCAACCACUGGCUAGGUCGACUUGAUUAGAAGUCGUCCAUAGUCUCGUAAGGGACAGGGGACAGAGUGAUACGCCUAGGUAGCGAGUCAGCUGGUCUCUGUGAAUGCUAUCUAAUCAUGACUAUGUUUGACCAUUGGCCCUUGCUGCCUUGUCCAUCCCAGGACCUAUCAGCUGGCCUGAUCAUCUAAUCACACACUUUUUUCUUACAGACGGUCAC